AUGGCGCCCAAACACACACUUUCUGCCCUUGAGUGGCUCAGUGUUGGAAGUGCCGCGUUGAAAACCUUGUCCCUGGGGUUCUUGUCCCUGUUCGUGAUCCCUUUCCAGCGGUCCAAGGGCCCACCCACAUUUUCGCAACACCUCGCCUACACCAUUUCCCGUACCUACACCACGAACUUUUCCCCAAAAUCUAUCGUCGCUACCUCCCCAACGACCGGGGAAUGUUACCAGAAGUUCGUUACGUCCCAGGGGCUAAACGCAAAGACGGUCACACUCCCUGACGGCACCAAAGCACACUGGCUCGGUGACCCAACAGCGGAGAAGAUCCUGCUCUUUUUCCAUGGUGGUGGUUACCUCGUGUACGCCACCGAUGGCCACUUUCACCUUCUCCACGAGAGCCUUAAGGCCGUAGAGCAGCAGGGUGGUAAACUCGCCGUCCUGUUUCUAGAGUACGAUGUCAGUCUGGACGCGCCGUACCCCCGGCAGUUACAGCAAGCGACGGCCUUGCUACAGUACACUUUGACAGAACUUCAGAAGAAGCCUGAACAGAUCCUUUUGGCCGGUGAUUCUGCGGGAGGUAACCUUGCGUUGGCUCUGCUAUCACACCUAAGUCAUCCGCAUCCUCAAGUAGAUGCUGUCAACCUCUCUGCUAGUCUUAGUGGUACCGCACUGCUUUCGCCCUGGGUGACCUUUGAGACCACAUCAGAAUCGAUGAAAGCCAAUGCGCACCGCGAUGCGCUUGCUAUUCCGGCACUCCACAAGUGGGCCUCACUUUUUAGGGGCUCUGCACCAUCUGAUCCGUAUCUGGAGCCCCUCUCGGCCCCUGCCAAUUGGUGGCAGCCCCUACUGACAAAGAAAGUCCUGAUUACGGCCGGUGCUGAUGAGAUAUUUGUCGAUGAUAUCCAGAAGUUUGCAGCGCAGCUGAGCAGCGCUUCCAAAGAUGUCGAAAUGCAUACCACAACUGGAGAGCCUCAUGAUUAUCUUGUGAUGGAGUUUUUGAUGGGACACCCGCGGACCCAGCAGCGGGAUAUAUUCGAGAAAUGGGCGUUGUGCAUGUCCGAGAACGUGGACAUGAAUUUCAUCCUGUAUGCCCCGAGCCAUUGA